AUGUUUGCAAUUUUAGUGGCCCUUUUUCUCUCGCUUUUCAUAGCAGCUUUGGACGCGACAAUUGUAGCGACAGCAAUUCCGACUAUAUCUUCCGAACUGAACUCUGCAUCUGGCUAUACAUGGAUUGGCGGUGCAUAUCUUCUCGCAAAUGCUGCCGGUUCGCCCAUUUGGUCCAAGCUUUCGGAUAUUUGGGGACGGAAGCCAAUCCUGCUAACAGCAGUCACCAUAUUCUUUGGUAGCUCCAUCCUCUGUGCGCAAGCACCUUCAAUGGGUCUGCUUAUUGUAGGGAGAUCUUUCCAAGGCACUGCCGGUGGUGGGCUCAUACAGCUCGUGAACAUCACUAUUUCAGACUUGUUCAGCAUGAGGAGUCGUAGUCUGUACCUGGGUCUCCUAGAGUUCGUGUGGGCCCUGGCCGGAGGUAUCGGUCCCAUCAUCGGGGGUGUUUUGGCUGAAUAUGUAUCCUGGAGAUGGAUUUUCUGGAUCAACUUGCCGGUUUCCGGGAUAACCUUUUUUCUAAUCCUUAUAUUUCUAGAUGUACACAACCCGAAGACAAAGAUACUGGAUGGCAUAAAGGCAAUUGAUUGGUGGGGAAGCAUGUCCAUCCUCGGCCUGACCCUGAUGCUACUUCUGGGACUUGAUUUCGGAGGUGUACUAUUUGCUUGGAAUUCUGCUACCGUCAUCUGUCUCAUCGUAUUUGGAAGCCUCAUGUCUAUACUGUUUGUUUUCAGCGAGAAACGGCUUGCACGAUAUCCACUUAUGCCUUUGGACCUCUUCCGAAACCGGUCCAAUGUUGCAAGUCUAGUACUAUGCUUCUUACACGGGAUUGUCUUCGUCGCUGGAGAAUAUUAUAUGCCCCUGUACUUUCAAUCCGUCCACGGCGCAUCACCGUCAAGGUCUGGUCUCCUCGUUCUCCCCAUAACCUUCGGGGCAGCCCUCAUGGGCAUCACUGCUGGAUUCGCGAUACACCGCAGUGGACGAUAUUUAGAGAUCGUUUGGGUCGGCACGGUCCUCCUUACCAUCGGCACUGGGUUAUACAUCCACUUUGAUGCCAGGUCUUCGAUAGCCGAAAUCAUCAUAGUCGAGACCAUAGCAGGAUUCGGCGGAGGUUUGCUUUUUGAGCCCCCGCUCAUCGCACUUCAAGCUUUCGUGCCACAAAAAGACGUAGCGACGGCCACAGCAACCUUUGGCUUCAUUCGGAAUCUUGCAACGUCAUUGUCCAUCGUAAUUGGUGGCGUCAUCUUCCAGAACUGCAUGGAGACCCGAGCACCAUUCUUGAAGGCUGCUGGCGUACAAGACACGCUGGUCCAGAAAUUCUCCGGUGGUGAGGCUGCUGCCAAUAUUCUGUUGAUCGGGACUAUAAAAGACGCGAACCAACAGCGCGCAGUCAAAGAGGCAUUUGCGUGGAGUCUGAGAUUUAUCUGGAUAUUUUAUGCAUGUAUUGCUGCGUGUGGAGUAGUUACGGGCUUCUUUAUCGUACGGAAAGUGCUCAGCGAAGAUCAUGUCGAGACCAAGACGGGAAUCGCUGAUGUGAAAGACAACGCGACUCUUAGGGACGACAUGAUCGCUCCUUGA